GUGGAUCGUCGCACUUCUCGACCGCGUGGUUUUCUCGUGCGUACCGCGUUUCGUGCUGCGUUCAGUUUUUAGUGAAUUUCACGAAAAAUCCGGUGAAUUAAGUGUUCAAAAGUGUCUGAAAACCGGCAUGACCACAACAGCCAUGAAGCGAAAGUCAAAUUCGACCGGGGAGUGUCCGUUCGGGGGCAAAAAAGCGAAAACCGAAAAGGGAGUGAAAAGUGGUGGCGACGGCAAGAAGGUCAAGAAGGCAAAGAAGAAGGAAGUCGUGGAUGCCGGUGGGCCGGGGGAGAAUGGAAAAGAGCGAAAAGUGAAGAAGGCGAAGGUGGCGAAGGAUAAAGGUGGGACGCAGAAGGAGGAGAAUGGAUUUGCCGGUGGGGAUGUUCCGACGAACAAGCUGGUGGAGAACUUUCGGCAGAAGCUGAACCAGGGUUCCGUUGCGAUUGAUGUCAUCCGCCACUUCACCCAGUCCAUCCAGCAGAACCCCUCGUACGCGGUGGACUUUAUCCGUGCCGGCGGCACCUUCAAACCUCUGCUCAAGAUCCUCGCCGGGCUGGACAAGGAAAAGCUGCCGGACAUCUCGGACCUGUUCCAGCUGAUCCACUACAUCCUGCUGGAGAGCGUCAACUACGACGAAACGCACGCCGACUACGCGGCCAAAUGCGCCAAGACGCUGCUGGCGGAGUACAAACCGUCGAUCAUGGCGCUGCUGAAGGGGCGCAACGAGCAGCUGCUGAUGGGUGGCUUCCGGAUCUUGAAGGCGAUCCUGGUGGUUGAUCCGGCGGCGCACGGGAAGGAGAUUUUGGGGCUGUUGGACAUUUGCCUGCCCGAGAUGGAGAUCGGGAAGAGUCGGGAGAGUGCGGGAGAUGGGUUGGAGUCGCUGCGGGGGGUGUUUGUGGACUUUAAUCUGUGCUUUUUGAUUGAGACGGGGUCGGAGUUGGUGCGGGCGUGGUUGAGUCGGUUCCAGCUGUUGAGUCCGUUGGUGGGGAAUUUGAUUUGGGACCGGGCGGAGAAUGUGAUUCUGGUGAUGAAGACGCUGGAGAAGUACGUGCUGGGGUCGGCGGAGAUCGACAAGUACAUUUACAGGACGACGUUUAGUACGGACAUUUUGAAGGCGCUAGUGAACGUGUACGAGUGGGUUGGUCCGGACAAGAAGGGGGUUGAUGAGCAGGUUAGGAAUACGGUGAUGAAUGCGACCGAGAAGGUGGUGUUGCCGUUGUUGACGUCCCGGAAGUAUCACUUGGUGCCGAAGGUGACUGAUUUGGGGAAGGUCAACUCACGCCAUAAGCAUAUACUGCUCGCGUUGAAGAAUAGUCAGCUGCACAAGCAUCAGCGCAAGUUGGUGCUCAAGAUGUUCGACGUUUGUCCGGAGGUGCUGCCGGUAGUGCUGGAAAAUUUUGGAUCGCUACUCAAGACAAAGAAUUUGGAGAAUCGUCAAUUUGUGCUGGAGAUUAUUCGUCAACCGAAUCCGGUGGAAGUUACGAAACACUUUACGUCCGCGGACGCCAAGCAGGUCUCCAACUUUGUGACCAAGACGACGCUGCCGAAAACGAUUCUGGAGUUUGUCACGACUUCGAUUGAGAAGAAGAUCGCUACGGCUUUCUGUAUGGAGUUUUUGGCGGUGAUGCUUAGUCAGUGCGAGAAAUACCUGCAGGAAGUUCCCAAGCUGAAGAACCUCGACCAGUUUGACCUGAAGAAGGUUAAAUUCGACGUCAUCAACCAGAUCCUCGGUAUGUUCCCGUCCAUCGACUCCAUCAUGGCCGCCAUGAUCAACCACCGGUCGGACAAAUCCGUCAGCAAGCCGUACAUCGCCAUGGAGCACGUUAUGGACAUCCUGCUGCACUGUAUCCGUGCCUUCCCGGCGUACAUCGAGAGUUCCUCGUUCAUCACCGCGUACCGCAACAUCCUGGACCCGGUGUACAAGAGCCGCGCCCUCGAGCACGAGUACCUCCCGUACGAGUUCAAAGCCAUCAAGGUCGUCAUCGCUCUGGAACCCCAGUCAAUCGCCUUCAACUCGGACCUCUUCCCAUCCGUCCUCAAACUACUGACCAAGGUCUACCUCAACGGCGACCCGCUCAUGCAACGCGAAGCCACCAACCUGUUGAUCGCCCUGUUCCAGAACACCACCCUGUUCGGCAACAACGCGACCGAAAUCGAGGUCUGGUUCCAAUCCCUACUCGCCGUCGAGCCCCGAAUCGUUCCCGAACUCGUGUCCUACCUGGCGUUCUCGUUCGCCCGCGCCGCCGAACGUCAAAACCUCCCGGCGGCCAAGGAUCACACGCUGGUGAACGAGGCGUUCGAAAAGGUGCGCCGAACCGACCUGGACGAGCUGUUCCGUCGCGUUGAGGAGGAAGCCGAAGGUCAGGUUGACCUGCAAGACGAACCUCAGGAGCUGCCGGUGGCGGACAAUUUCCUGAUCUACAUGUUCCAUCCGACGACGAAGAAGCCGGCGCAGUUUCAUCCCUACCUGGAGGCGGUUGCGCUUAGGUAUUUUCACCUGUUGCCGCAUCCGGAGAUUGUGGAGCACUGUGCAAAGAGUGUCGAGGGGAAGUUUGGGAGCUACUUCACCGAGUGGAUCGUUGAGGGGAAGACGCCGUCUUUGGAGGAGUGCGGCGAGUCAACAUUCCUCGGGAGAUUGAGUUCGCAACUGCUGUCGAAGGAGCAGAACGUGAAGAAGGUGGUGACGGACGAACUAACCCGCUGCGACCUGGUCUACCUCAUCCACGAGGUCAUCUUCUACGCGUCCCGCCUGAUCGAGCUGGACGCAUUCGACGCCGGUUACUCGUCCACCAGUCUCUUCUACCUGAACCACUUCUUCGAUCUGCUGAUCGCCGCCGAAGUCGACAUCCCCGAAUCGGACCAAAAGCUCGGCGAAGUCGUGCGGCACAUAUUCUGCCACCGCCCUGCGCUGUUCCAGCGGUUCACGAUUGCGAAGCAAUCAAAGUCGGGAUCGCCUUCUUCAACUGUUACGGCGUUCGUGUACGAACUCAUGAAGAAGCUCCAGUCUACGGUGGACUUUGCCCAGCACACCGUGCUGUACUCGAACAAGAUCGUCAACGAGAUCAUUUCUUCUUCGGUGGAGUCGUCCUCGGACAGCGCAGAGUUGGACGCGACGCUGGUCGCGAAACUGCUGGAAAUCUUCCAGCUCAACGAACGUCACUGCGUUAAUCUGCUACGGCACUACUCGAAGCUGUCGCAUCGACGGUUCAUUGAUGCGAAGAAUGAACGGACGUAUCAUUACAAUCUGCUGACGACGGGGCUGAACAAACUGGCCACGAAUCGGGAGCACUUCCUUGAGGCGGAUACUGUGCGCGGGUUGUCGAAAAUCUACGUGGACUUUAUCCGGGAGAAUGGGAACGAAUUGAACUUGGAGGCGUUGGAGGCGGCUCUGCAGGCGUAUUUGAGGACGUUUAGUCACAAUGUUGGACACUUGGAAGAGGAUUUGUUCCGGUGCUUCUUCGAGAGCAAGCGAAUUGGUAAGCCGAUGGUAAAGUUGGCGGCGUUUUUGCUCGGUCGAGAUUCGAGGUUGGAGGCGGCGUUCCUGGAGUUAAUUCCGGGGAAUGUCAGCAAGAAGGAGUUGAUCUACCCGUUGAUGAACGUGGCGUUCCAGAAGGGUGUGUUCAAGGAGGACUCUGAAGAGCAUAAGAAGUUGCUUGGGACGGUCUACAACGAAUUCAAGAGUGGAUUGAACAAGACGAUCGAGAAACCGGGUAAGGCCGCGGUUAUCUACAAGGAGAAUACGAUUGCGAAUCAACAGCUGCUGCAGCGUUGCAUGCCCAAGAACGAGUGCGUAGAUUUCGCGAAGAAGAAGCUGAAGCUGGACUCGAUCGAGGUUUACCAGCUCAAGCUGAUGAUGGAGAUCUACCGCAAGGCGUUUGAAAGCUGCAAAGAGGAUGCGACUCAGCUUAGGGUUGUCUACAGCAACGUGUUCAACGUACUGCUCCAGUUCUUCAACAUUCUGCUGAAGGUCAACGACCUACUGAAGGAGGUCGAAAAGCUCAAUGAAAUCGUGCUGGCUACCUUCUCCUGGGUAAAGCUGCACUCAAACUGCAAAGAACUACACGGACUGGAGUUCAAGGAGAUCAUCGAGACCUCAAACUGGACCAACUUCUGCAAGCUUGCCCUGAAAACUGGCAUCGACACCCAAAAGUCCCCAGAAAACCCAUCCCGACUCGACGAACGCCUGCACGUCCUGCUGAAGAUCACCGCCAUCCUCGUAGACCUGUUCUACGCUGACAACAGCUCACCCGCAGAAAUCGCUACUCUGUACGAACUCGCCCUGUCCCACUCCCGCUUCCUGGACGUCAUCCUGGUCCCGUUCCAGUUCAAGGUCAAGAAAUCCCUCGUCCAUCUGCUCCUUAUCCUCGCCCGCAAGAACCACUCAGUCAUGGACAAAAAGCACAUCCCGAUCCUGCUCGGCUCGUACGGCGCCACGCUCACCGAAACCAACCGCUUCAUCCUGGCCCUCAUCCAGCACUACGAACGCUCCGGAGUUCACAUCCACGAGUUCCGACCGUUCCUCUGGGGAGACGCCGCCAUCAAGCACUUCUCGCUCGGCCAGGACUCCGCCAACCAGCAAACCCUGUUCCGCACCAACAACGCCGAGGUAUUCGCGCUCCUCAAUCGCGAAAAGAUGAUCAACACCCUGCAGAGCUUCCCCGUGUGGCGCAAGUUGAACGCCAACUGGCAACUUCCGGAGGUCAACUUUGACGAGCUGAAGAACGGCUCCUCCGUGGGUCGCUAUCCGGCCGUGUCGGAGAUUGAGCGCUUCGUCGAGGACAAGAAGCAGCGGGUUCCGCCGAGACUGCUGGAGCACUGCGCCGGGAAGAAGGAGGUGCUGGCUGCGAUCUACGAUCCGGCGUUUCUGCUGCCCAUGCUUGGGUAUUUGUUCGCACCGGAAGCAACGGACGUGCUGGAUCUGGCUGGGAAAGUUGGAGCGUUGGCGCUUCCGUUUGCCUGCUUGGCUAGUACCGAUGAGCAUAUGCGGUUGGCGGCGGCCAGCGUGAUAGUGCGGAUCAAGGGACAUCUGGAGUUGUCGAGGAAAUUCAUCGACUCCAAGUUCUGGCUGCACAUGUUUACCGCAGUCCAAAACGGUCUCGCCGCCCUCAGGGGCAACAAACGUCCAGCAGACUCGGAAACCGUCAAGCGCAAGAUCUCCAAACCGGCCUUCCUCUCGUCCCUGUUCAUCGCCGAAACCGUCAACGUCCUCUCCGACGUCCUGAACGAGCUCCACUCCACCCUGACGCGCUACUUCAUGCUAAAGGACACCUUCGACUUCCGUGCCGUCCCGAACUUCCUCGUGAUGUUCCACAGCUCCGAAGUCAAGCACAACACCCAUCGCCACUUCAUCCUGGAAACCAUCUACAACGGGCUCAAAACGCACGAAGACUUCAUGGUCCUCCGUACCUCGCCGGUCAUCCGCGCCCUCCUAGAGUUCUACGGAUCCACCCUGUCCAACCGCGACCUAAACAUCCUGAUCCUAAACACCCUGAACAGCAUUGUCAAGAUCCCCAAGUCCUGCGAAGUGAUGCUCAACUCGCUCGGCUUCCUCACCUGGCUGAGCGAACGCAUCGAGCACGUCGAAAGCUUCCACUUUGAAACGAUCGAAGCCUUCCUCGGCAUCAUCAGCAACGCGUGGUACUCGGCCGUAAUCCAGCGCAAGGAGUUCAACAUGAAGCAGCUUAGCCGAUCGGUACUGAUCAUGCUGCUUAAGCUACUCCCACUAUUUUCGACGCGCAGCUCGAGCAAAACGCUGUCCCGCUUCCUGAACCUGCUGGAGAAGACAACCAAGGAAAACUCCGCAAACAUCGCGCUGAUCAACAAGGAAGUUCUGGACAUGAUGCUAGAGUACUUUGCGAAGUUGUUUGAGGAGCAGUUCUGGCACGUCAGGUACGUGCUCGUGAAUGGAAGUGCGAACGCCGAGGAUUGCCAGUUGCUGGGGGAGAAGCUGCUGGCGAGCGGGAUGGACGAGAGCACGGCCUACAUCGUGCUGACGUUGAGACGGUUCGUCAUACGGUGGCAGGCGGCGCAGCAGCAGCAGCAGGGAGUGGUUAGUAAGUGAGUGGUAACUUGUGCUUCUUGGAUUUAUAUUUUUCUCUUUGUAUAAAGCUUAUUAUGCGACGAUUA